GAAGGCGGAUGUAUAUAAAUCCGCACUCCGUCCACUUUGUCGAACAACCGGACCCGCACGAGCCGACCGCGCACAGAGCUCCAGGCAAAAGACGUCCCUUGUCUGUCGGCCUCAGAUGAUGGAGGCUUCUUCUGCUCGCUCGACGUUUGCGUGGCUGGUGGGAGGCUCGCAGGUCCUGGGUGUGACAUCGGUCGUGCUGACCGCCGUUUGGAUGGGUCACUUCCACGGGGGCUUCGCUUGGGAUGGCACGGAACAGGAGCUCAACCUGCACCCUCUGUGCAUGGUUCUGGGCUUGGUCUUCUUACAGGGAGACGCCAUCCUGGUCUACAGAGUAUUCCACAAUGAGGCAAAGAAGAAUGUCAAGGUGCUUCACGGCAUCAUUCACUUGCUUGCCCUCAUCAUCACCAUUGUCGGUAUGGUAGCCGUGUUCGACUCCAACAGAGCGUCCAACUAUACAAACAUGUACACCUUGCACAGUUGGUGCGGCAUGGCUACCAUUGUCCUAUUUGGCGCGCAGUGGGUCACGGGUUUGUUGUUCUUCCUGUUUCCUGUGGCGUCGUCGGGGUUGCGAGCCACGUACCUCCCCCUCCAUGCAUUCUGCGGUCUGGUUCUGUUGGCUUUGGCCGUGGGGAGCAGCUUGCUUGGUAUCACAGAUUCACUCCUCUUCAGCAUCAUGUUAACCUAUUCGAACUUUCCGCCUGAGGGGGUUCUGGCCAACGUUUUGGGCAUCCUGCUUGUGGUCUUUGGGGUGCUGAUGUGCUACAUCAUCACCAGGGAAGAGUAUAGGCGGCCACCCAACCCCGAGGAGGAGUCUUUGGCGGUCCACUUCAAGACCCUGACUGAAGGGGACUCACCCACCAUGCCCUAACUCAUUCGCUUCAUUCUGACUUCAAACUGCUCGCCACACAGUUUGACCUUUUGUGGAGUUUCCUUGAUUCACUUAUUGUUAUCGUAGCAUUGAAUUGAGUAGCGACGACCCAAAUGUAUCGGACAAAACGAUACCAAAUGCUGUGAUCGCGUUCACUUUUGAUUGGCACGCUCAAAGAGAAUUAGCGGAUAAUAAGAAGAGGAUAAAUCCUAUCGCGUAAUAAUUUGGGCCACAGUGUGUAUCUGGAUGGCUACUGGUGAUUGUAUGUUCUGAAGCUGAAUGUAUAAAUAUGUUACAU